CUGCAGAUGAAGCGCCACCGCCGCAUGAAGGCCAACGACCGCGAGCGCCAGCGCAUGCACCUGCUGAACGACGCGCUGGACCGCCUGCGCCGGGUGCUGCCCACCUUCCCCGAGGACACCAAGCUCACCAAGAUCGAGACGCUGCGGUUCGCGCACAACUACAUCUUCGCGCUGAUCCAGACGGUGGGCAUGGGCGAGCGCCUCGAGGGCCUGCUGCAGGCGCCGCAGCCGCGGCCCGUCACGCUCAGCAUGGGCAGCGUGACGGUCAGCAUCGGCGGCAGCCGCGGCAACAUGAUCACCUCCAGCACGGGCAGUUGCGCGGCCGCCCACCAGAGGCGCUGCGGCGGCGCGCCGGGCCCCGCCCACCCCUGGCCGGCGGACCAAUCGCCGCGCGGCGAGGACGAGUGCUGCGACCUGGCGGCGUGCCGCCGGAGCUCGCCCUGCGCCGCCUACAGCCCGCACGACAUGUUCCACAUACACUAG